AUGCCGCCAGCGUCCAGCUGUGACUGCCCCCACCUGGACCGUGUGGGGGAGAUCACCAAGGAAGAACUUAUCCAGAAAUCUCAUGUGAGUAAACUCUCUGCCGUAGCCCUGCCCUGCUCAUACAGUACGACCCACUUUCUAGAAAAAAAAGACAUGAAAUUGCAUUAAAAGUUUUUUAAUUUGUUGGUAUCUCCUGGUAAGUUAAUGAUAGCCUGACUUUAUAUCACUUGAUGUUAAUUGUGGGCUGUAGAGAGACGUUUAGCCGCUGUAAUCUGAGAGUGGGAUUGUUUUAUUACUGGUUUGUGUUCACAGGAGGUUGUAGAUCCUUUUAUUGGUCCCAUCAAACCUGCAGAUAAAUAUUCCAGCUGCAGAGCCUGAGAAAUGAACCGACCCUUAACGGUGUCACUAAAUGGAAUAAAUAUAAUAUAAUGAUUUUGCAUAUUUAUUUUAAAACUAUUUGGCAAGUUACUGGCAGUGCAUUCAAUUUAAUUUUCUUAUUUUAGAAUAUAGUCAUAAAAGAAAAAAGAGUGAACCGUUAAGGUCAAAGUCUCUAUUAGAACAGAUUUUAAUCUGUGUGUUUAGACAACUAUGCCAGUGAAUAAUAAUCAUAGACAUAAAACAAAAAUGUUGAUAUGAAUAAAACUACGAGUAAACUCAGGCUAAGAGCUCUUACUUUCAAAAGGGUAAAGGGGAAUGUCACUAAAGCUAAAAAGAGAUGAAGAAAACAGUCAAUCAAGGCUAAACCCAGACAUAGGGCUGGGCGAUAAAACGGUAAAUAUUAAAAAUUAAUUCCCCUUGAUAUCGAUGUGAUACACGGUCAAUAUGCUGUUCAUUCUCCGGCAUUCUGCCAUGCUCUGGAGUUGCUCCAGGUCUGCGCCGCGCUGAACCGACCAUUCAGUCUCCUUUCUCUAGCGCAACGCAAAGACCUCACAGAUGCAGUAGCUUAUUGUAUUGUAAAAGACAUGCUACCAAUUAGGGAUGUGCGUGGUCAUGCGGAUAUUCGUGUAAGCGGGGCUGUCCUUACUAUCCGUUUGGUAAAUAAUAUUUGUUUAUUCUAUAAAAUAAAAAAGAAAAGGAGAAAAAAACUCACUGCAAAACACACAGCCCGCCCUGGAAAACGGAGAAAUGUAGCGUGCAGAGCUCAGUAACUCAUGCUUUGUUUGGUCUCCACUCGGUCUGUAUUUCAUAAUCAACAUCGACAUGCAUCUUUGAGUGAGCACGGAGCUGCAGAGAAUAAGAGCAGGAUGUUUGGAUAUGGUGGUCGUCCUGAACUUGAUGAUUGUGAAUGCAUUUUUAUCCUUCAUAAUCACCUGAUUUCACACCCUUACUUCACUGAGUGAGGUAAACAGAAAGUCGUUUAUAUGUUGAACCCUGUAGAAAUCCUGAACCUGUAUAAAAACUUUGAUUUGCUGUCAUGUAACUCUAAUCUGAGCAUCUGCAUAUUUUUCUAGGGCCAGUGUCAAGACUGUAAAGUUGGAGGACCAAACUUGUGGGCGUGUUUGGAGGUAAGACUGUGUUUAUCCUAAAGUUUGAGUUCAAAGAAGAAAAGUUUGAUUUCCUUCUUAUUCACCUGUUCUGCUUCCACGUCUGUUUGUUUCUUCUGUCCAGAACGGCUGCGCGUAUGUGGGCUGCGGAGAAUCUCACACUGACCACAGCACUGUGCACUCGCAGGUGAGAAAACCCAGACCUCCCUGCUGUGGCUUUCACUGCAGAUACAGUAUGUUAAUGAGAGAGAGGGAGGCAUGUAACGAAAGUGAAGUCUUUGCUGUAAUGUUGAAAUAAGGAAAAAAGAUGUUACUAAAAAAAGGAGUGGAGGUGUCAGUGGAGAGGAAGAGGAGGCACAUAUGGCAGGACAGGACAGGAAUACCACUUAGGCUUCCCAGGAGGAGGCAUGACUCGAAAAGAAAAACUGCCUGCAGCGCUGAUUUAUUUUUAACGCCGUUCUCUCUAAGAGCCGGCACGUGAGUUUUUUCCGCUUUUUUAAGUGCACGAAUUGUUAAAACCCAUCAAGCCAGCUCUGUCUGCCUACACCUUAACAUUCGGUGCAGCUUCAGCAGCAGAUCAUCCAUUAUUAAUUGGCAUUCCUCUGGGAAGUGGGGGAGAUUCAAUAAUACUGUCAGUUCUAUGGUUACAGUAUCUCUCUGCCUGUCCUGGCUCAGCCUCUGCUGCUCUUGGUGUUGACUAAGGCUUUUUUCCUCCGGCUGCACAACAGGGCCAAGUGGGGUUAGAAGGAGAGGGAGGAAGAAGAAGAAGAAGAAGACAGCAAAUAUAUAAUUUGCUUUGCUGAUUCGCAUCUGCACAGCUGCACAAUCCAUUGUCCAGAAACAGCUCGUUCUUUUUUCAAAGUAGAGAUAAAUUCUGCUUUUAUUAAGUGCUAGUAAAAUAUCAUUACAUUAGGUUGCUGAUUUUAAAUUGCUCCACAUGUGAAUUUGAUUUCUGACGGCUUAUCUAGGACAUCUGUCUGUUCAGUUUGCCCGCCGCCCUUUGUGUUUGCCUUUUUGUGACGCCAUCUUUAAAUCUUCUAAGAAUGAAGGCCGUGCUUAAUUAGCGCUCGGAGGCCCCGCAGGGAGACAAACAUUUUAAUCUCUCGACUAUGCGGUGAGGAAAGAGUGCUUUUGAAUCGCAGCAGAUGCAGCAGAUGAGGGGCUCUGCGCUGCGAGUAAACACGGGUGACUGUUUCAAAGCGUUGAGGAAAAACUUGCAGCUAGAUCAGCUCAUUUUCAGAAGUUUGGCUUCACUUCUGUGUGUACUUUUUCUUUCCUGCAACAAACUAGGACACAUAAUUAGUAUUUGCAUAUAGAUCAUAUUUGAAACAUCAUUAUGCAACAAAAAGGACUCUUCCGCAUAUUAAAAGGGUUGUUAACUUGGAGAAUUGUUCCUUAAUAUUGCAGAAGAUGGAUUGGAAAGUUCCCACUUGCUGCAGAAUUGAAUAUGAAGUUCAUUAAUGAGCACUUUUACAUGCACAUGUGUGUGAUGGUGUUUGUUCCUGGUAGAUUCAAAUCAGUGAUGUGUCGUUGCAGAGGAGACUGGACCGUAUUUCUCAGAAAAAAAUCCGACCUGACCAGUUUUUCAAUCAGACGAUCUCAUACUGAAGCAGAUGUGGAGUCGGUGCGGGUGCUGCAACAACAAAAAUGAUACGCACGAUUUAUUUUGGAGCGUCUGUGAGCAUAAACUGAACUGCUGACAAGCUCAGAGCGAUUUUACAUCCUUUCAUGUCUAACCCCGCUUAUAUAAAACAGAUUUAAAGAUGUUUUGAUGUAAAAACAGUCGCGGCAGUAAAUCAACAUCAUAAAUUGUGACCACACAUACAGAAAAAAGGUGGUUGUAAAACAAUGCAUUAUGUAGACCUGUAAAACACCCCCUGCCAAAGCCUCAUGAAUCUGGCUUGUUAUUAAUGCCCUACCUGGUAUACUUUCCUUCAUAAAUAAUUUAACUUAUCGAGUUUUUCGGGGCCGCGCUCAGUCUGGCGUUGCCCCUGUGCCAGCUCUGCUCUGCCCCGCUGUGUGAAGGCUAAUGCAGGCCUGAUGAAUAAUGUAGGCGCUGCUGGUCUGCUGCUGCUCACGUUCUGUCUCCUGUCGACCUGCCAGGCUGCCCGUGUUUGUCAGAGCAGCAGUGGGUCAGCAGAACUCGGCCAUGUUUCCACAGCAGUAGAAAAGCUCUCCUAAUGCAACAUUUCGCUCGCUCUGACGCAGCCUCUACCUGUAGCCCGAGGCGUUCCGCUCAGGACAAAUGGAGUGGAACCUAAAAAUAAAACCUUAAACUUAGAGAUGGGUUCUUCUGGGUUGUGUUUAGUACAUUUGUGACGCUCAGAAACUUGAUCUUUUUAAAGAUUAUUUCCGAGCUUUUCUGGUGUUAUUCUGAGUGGGAAGAGUCAGAAACUAAGAGAGAAAGAGAGAGAGAGUGAAAAUGGGAAAUGGUUCAGGGGGGCUGCAGGUUGGAACUGAACCAGAGCUGCCUGCUUCCAGAACUGCAGUCUCUUAAUAUGAAGGGCAUGUAGAUACUUAAUAAUUAUCAUAGUUUUCAGUGCAAAUCUUCAGAACAUCUGUUUUUGGUGGAUUUAUCGCCUGUUGAGCAAACUCCAGUCAUCAUUAUAUGAAACUAGCAAACUUUCAAGUGACAGAAGUCUGCAAAUAAACUGUGCACGCAGAAAGGAUUUUAAACCCAUGGUAGUGGGUGAUAUCAAAAAUUAAUUUCCCUUGAUAUCGAUAUAAAACAUGGUCAAUAUGCACUUCGUUAGAAGAAAUGCAGAUGAAGACUCAACAGAUGAUGACAUCGUCGACAACACUGGCAUGAAAACGUCUGUGGUGUGGAGGAAUUUGGGUUUUUUGAGGUUGGACAUGAAGUAGAGUAAUGUGCACUGCAAAGUAUGAUGAGUACAUGUUAAAUUUUAUUUAAGAGUGAUAAACUGUGUAAUAAAUUGUGAUAAACUUUUUCCCUUAUCGCCCAGCCCUACCAUGUGGUGAUUCCCACUACAGAGUCAUGUAUGUUUUUAUGUAGUACAGCCUAAAGGUCCAAAAUCAGUUAUUGUCUUGUAGCCUUAGUUCAGAGAUUUCUGCAGAUUCCCUGAAUAUUUGUAGACGAUGAAAUCCUCACUAUUUCCUCACCCGUCCUCUCACAUGAACCUCCCCCUGUCUUCCCCAUCAAAUGACGUUUUUAUCAUCAUUUCAGUUAGCCUCACAACUCUUUUGGAAUUUGGGUUUUUGAUAUCAGAAUCUACUUGCAGACAGAUUGAAAAAGUGUUUCCCCAAAAAGACACUCAGAGAGCUUUCACUCCGGAGAACGUCUUUGCAGUGGACUGUUGGUUGUCAUCUGCAUUUCCACUGCAGUUUAAAGACCUCUGGAGAACAAGGAAACUAGUCCAGUGAAGUAUGAAAAGUGACAGGCAGCAUCACUGCACUUCUGAGAAGAAACUUCCUGAUGGUUAAAGUGACUCACCCGUAACUGCUUGUAAACCCGAUUUCCUGUGGUUAAAAAAAACGCACUUAUUUCCUCCAGGAGUUUUUGUGCUCGGCAGCUGAUUGGAUCAUUUUUUUGUCCUGCUUUUCACCUUUGAGCAUUUUAGUUUUCAGUUUCACACACCAGACCACAGUAAUGGGUCAUUAUUAGCAGAAAAGGAAGAGCUUCAAUCAGAGGUCACUUUAUUUUGGGCUCAAAGCUCACAUGAUUCUGGACUGUCAGCUGUGCCAAAACAGUCGAGACGCACCUGUGAUUACCACGACAGCAAAACAGCCUGUUUAUUAUCCAGAGGAAUGCUGAUUGGUAGAUUCACAUGAAGAUUAAGAAGCAUCACGGUGAUAAGAAAAUCUAUUCUCAGGUAAACAUUAACACUGUCGUCUCGUUUCACAGCUUAAUAUUCAUGAAAUGUUUUCCCCCAUGUGUGCAGGAGACGAGGCACAACCUCACGGUGAACCUCACCACGCUCCGAGUGUGGUGCUACGCCUGCGGCAAGGAGGUUUUCCUGGAGCGUAAGCUGGGCCCCAGCUCCCAUCACCCAAACAGCAAACCCCUCCCCUCCCCACAGAGUAUUGGCCAGGUAGGGAACCGUUUUCCACCACACAUCCAUCCAUCCACAUGUUUCAUUGUCUUUACAGCUCAUCCUGAUACUUUCAUACCACACCGACAUAAAACAUGUCUUAUAUUGAACAGCAGGAAUGCAGAAACGUGAGCUCUAGUGUAAUACUAAACUUUUGUUUUUGAAAGUCUAUGUUAUCUUAACUGACAGAUUUCUAUUACACGUUUCUGCAGAGUUGUUUGGUUAUGUAACUGCGCACACACUCGGUUGUUCAGGCAGAGCUGUGUGAUAAGAUUUCGAGCCGUGUAUCGUGGAUGACAGCUGAGCUGUCCAGUUGAAUUGGGUUACUCAUUUACCAGAUAAGAGCUUCACGAUGUGGACUGUGUGCGCUGUGCUCUUCCUCCAGGACAACAGCAGGGCCCCUGGAAGCCCGACCUCUCUGAGAGUGCCCCCUAAUGGAGGCUGUGAAGACCUGGACAUGGAGACAGAGGAGGAGGAUGAGCUGAGAGCUCGAGGUCGGUUUACUAUAACAUGAUUGACUCAAAUAAACCAUCGACUCUCAAAAUACUACACAACCCAUUCAGACAUCUAUGACUUAAGUACAGCUGCAGCUGAAGUUCCACUGACAUAAAUGCAUGUUUCUUGCCAAGAUGGUAUUAUUAAUUAUUAAAAUCAGCACUCUAAAAGUCAGCGAGGUGACUGAAGUGUGAUUAUAGUUCAUAAGCUUUCAAUCCAAGUGUAACAUAGAGGAAAAAUGAACGCUGCGUCAGAGAUGUGAGAUUAAACUUGGAACAGAGAGCUCAGAAGUCAGCGUUCAGUUCAAAGCAGAGGUGAUGAUUGGAAUAUACUGAAGCAUCAAACUGAUGCACCGGUGUUACAGAUGUUAUUGAUCAUGUUUGACGCACAAAGCAGACUUCAAAGGAAGGGGCGAUGAAUGCCGACUCCAACCAGAACCGACAGCCGACAGAUCACUGACAGAAACAGGAAAAGAACCAACAGGCCGACGAUUUCCACACGUCUGUGAAUCUGAAACAGUUUUGUCAAAUGCUGAGUGGAGACCAAAGGAUGCUCCCGUGUAGCUCAGUGGAGGGAAACCAAGAGCCCCCAGCCCCUCUUAUGCGAACAUUGUUUUCACUCAGCACUGUGAGGCCCCAACAAUGACAUAUGUUUUGUUGAACCUCAUGUGGAGCAGCCCAGGCGUUGGCACCGGCUACAGCUUUGGUUAUUUUUGUCACAAAUACAGAUCACGUGAUCAGGAGGUGGAGUGACUAACGUUCACCACAGAGUCCACUGCGCUGGUCACAUGAGAUCAGACACUUUUAUGAAGUGGGGUUUGCCGCUCCGUGGAGAUAAGGGAGAUACUGUGGGGAAAGGAGUGCGUCAGGUUUAUAGUCGUUUUCCAAAAAUGUGUCACUGACUCACUUCCAUCCAUCAGUAAAGGCAACUGUUGGAGCCAGAGCAGCUGCUGUGACACACAGCUCAUGAGAGCAGUUAAGCUACUUUAACACCUUCAGUGUGACUUUUAAUCUACAACCUCGAUUCCUUAAGAAGUGAGACGCUGUGUCAAAUGUUUUUUCAAAUCCCUUAAACUCUGUAUUUCAUCGAGAAUAAUGCAAAGACAACAUAUUAAAUUAGUGUUUCAGGAAAAAUAUAUGUUCAUUUUAAAUUUGAUGCAAACAACAUGUUACAGCAAAGUUGGACAAGUGACACAAACUCGAAGACGGUUCUGUUAAAAAGAAAACACAUGAAGGGACAGCUCUUUGGUAAUUACGGUAAUUUGUAGGGCAACCAAAGAAAUUCUUGGUCGGCUAAAACUCGAUUAAUGAGGAGGUUUGGACUCUGAUGGCAAACCCUUCUGUGGCGGGGGACGACGCGGCUCGGUGGGGUGAAAGAAUAAUGAUAUUGGCACAAGAAGGCAAUUAAACACCAUCAAAGUUGAAACGCUCAAAAUACAAAUAAAUAUUCGGCAAACUAUCAGACGCAAACAUUUUUUUCGUAGGAUGGUAGGGGAAGGUCCCGCCUCCUUCGCCUCUGAUUGGCUAGAAGUGCUGGGCCCCGAUUGGUUAUUCCUUAAGGCUGUGAAAUGUCAUCGUCUUUUGGGUUAGGGUUAGGAGAUUCAGAAUUGCAAUGAUGUUCUGUUCGAUGUACAAAGCCGACAGCCAAUCAGUGGUGAAGGAGGCGGGACCUUACCCUACCAUCUUACUAAAAAAAAAAAAACGCCCACCGAAUGUUGAUUAAUGUGAACGUUCUUCAAUCGUCUGUCUCCAGUGGGUUGGGCGAAUCCAAAAUGGUGAAAACAAGGGGUGUGCCCUGAAAACACCCCCAUUAGCACUUGGUACCUUCCUCCUGAUGAAAUUAACCACAGGCUUUAAAUUGACACAGAAAAAAAAAAUGAGUUGACCAAUCAGAAUUCAGGUAUCAACCAGUAAGUCGACCAAUUGACUAGGACUGCACAGCUCUAAUAAUUUGCAACAGGUUGGUGACGUGAAAGACGUUGGAGCGAUAUAUAAAGCCAUCGACAUAACGGCCUUUUCCACAGAGACCUUUACAUUUAAACAAGACACUUCUAAACCACAUUCUGCAAGGAUUACACUAGCAUGGUUCAUUCGUAAAACUGUCUCCACUGCAGCCCACUGAAAACAUUUGGUGCAUUAUGCAAUAAAAAUAGAAAAAAAGGAGACCCUAACAGGCAAUAAUGGGGCAACAUUUCACUUUUAAAACUCCUGAAACUGGACUGCUUGGCUCCAAACUGGAACAGAGUGUUGUUAAAGCUGAUGCAACACAACAGUAAACAUGCCCCUGACCGAGCUUUUGGAAACUUUGGAAACUGUCUGACUUCAAAUUUAAAAUGAGCAUGUAUUUUUCAUAAAACAGUCAAAACUUUUCACGAGUAUUUAAAUCAUUUUUGUUGACAUUUUACUCAGCACUCCAUCUUUUUUGGAAUUGGGGUUGUACUAUGCUUACUCUCUCUUACUCUCUGUUCUUAAAAUGAUAAAAUAAUAACAAACCAAAUCCAGUUGAUGAACAGUUUUAGAGGUUUGCUUUGAAGGUUCAGUGUUUUUAACCUUCAGUAUUGAUGAACUCACUGCACCUGCUUCUGUGGAAAAAAAAAACAUCAAAAUGGGUUGACUGUGGCAGCUGAUUUAAAACACAGCAGGCGACCACUUUUGCUUCUCUAGCCAUAAAAUUUUAAUCUUAGAAUUGGAAGGAGUCUUCUGAACAGUGUGCAGGCUUUGUGGUUGCCAUCAAAGUUUACAAGCAUUUGAUGAGAGGCUUGUUUUAAUUUCCCUGGUGUGCUCUGUCCCCCUCAGGCCUGACGGGGCUGAAGAACAUCGGCAACACCUGCUACAUGAACGCCGCCCUGCAGGCUCUGUCCAACUGGUGAGUCCUCUUUUUCGCCUACCUGUCUGCCCCACAUCCCCUCCACGCUCUGUCCCUGCUCUCAGAUCUUCUUCCCUCUUCUUUCAGCAGAUUUCUGUCAGGAGUUAUUUGCUGUUUUACUCACUGCUUGCUUGUUCUUGUUGAAUUUAAAAAAAUAAAAAAAAACACCCAUUACUGUGCUCAUUUGGGAGAGUGACGGCUGAGUGAAAAUUGCUGCAGUGCACCAUUUGAGAAGGCAGAAAUGGCCUUUUGUAGUUCCCUAUAGGGUCUUUGGUUUCAAAUGAACACCAACUCUUUCCCAAUCUCUCCUCCUCCUCGUCUCCUUUUCUUCUCCCACAAUGUCUCAUUAUGCUACUCCUUUUACUUUCUUCCUGCCAAUCCGCUGCAUUUUUUAUUGUUUAUCGAAUCGCCCUCCCCUCUGAUUCUUUGUUAUGAUUGGAUUGUUGGUGUGGCCUCUAAAUUGGGGACUGCAGAGCUCCGGGCUGUAUUGUAUUACUUAGUUUUUUUACCUCUUACUUGUGAUUUAAUUUUUCAUGGAACAGCUAAACCCUCUCUCUUUUCUCAUACUGGGUACCCAGGGGCUUGUACUCUUUAAGAUUAAACUGAUGAUGCCUCGUUUUGAUAGAAGUCAAAAUGGGGAAAAGAUGUGGGUCAGAAUUUGCAAUCUAAAUCACAAAUCCAAAAAUAGGAGGAAGUGAGUCACGCAGCUGCGGAAGGAGGGACCCUUUUUUUUUCUGAAACUUUCUUUGAUGUCUGUUUGUGUGAGCGCUGCUUCUUUCACUUUCCUGUCGGGUCAUUAUUCACUUCCAAGGACUUUCCUUUCGCCAAGGGACAGGAACAGUCCAUGCCUUAUUCAUUCUGCAGUUUGUCUCUUUCUUACACAUUCCUGUCCACUCUGUACCCAUCAAGUCAAACCCCCCUCUGCCGCUUUUCUUUCCAGCUAUUUCCGAUGUCCUCCAACUCUUGGACACAUAUGGUGUUUUCUCUGAUGCUCUCAUACCUUUGGGAAUUUGUAAUCGUUCUGUAUGAGUGAGAUAUGAUAAUAAUGGAACAAACCGAAUCAAGAAUACUGAGAGGAGGAAAUUCGGUCACUUUCCUCUCAGUAAUUUUUCCCUCUGUGGAAAUAGUGAACACAUACUAACCCUUUAUUACAAAGCUAUAUAAGCUGGUUUCUAUGACUAGAAUAGCAUCACAUUAUCUCCUACUUCUCUGAAUGGUACCCGUUUGAGUCACCUCUAAUGGUGAACCUGUAAAGAGGUAGUCACCCUGUUAACGCCUGUUUGGUGCCCACUUAUGAUAUAUUUAUCCCUCUCUCCACCGCAGCCCGCCCUUGACACAGUUCUUUCUUGAAUGUGGCGGCAUGGUGAGGACGGACAAGAAGCCGGCGCUCUGCAAAAGCUACCAGAAACUGGUGUCAGACCUGUGGCACAAGAGCAGGUAGGUGUUGGGCACAGAUCUGGGUACUGUUGGAGUCGAAAAAGCAUAAACCUUCCCACAGUUGAAUCAGUGGUCCCUUCCAGUUGUUUCCACAGUUUAAAACGUGACUCCAGACUAGGGCCCGGUGAUAUAGCCUCAAAUCAAUAUCACGAUAUAUUGAUCAGUUCACUUCGAUAAUGAUAAAUGGACGAUAACUACUCCACAAGCUGCUCCAACUUUUGAACCGUCCUCCAUCUCCUCACCUGUCUUUCCCUAUUUGUUACAGACAGGAUGGGGUGGAGUAGGACAGCGUCUUAAAGGGACAUGAUACCAUAGCUUACAUACACACAUCCAAAACCAACUUUUAUUUAUUUUUUGACAAUAUAUUGACAUGGGCAAAAUGACAUCGGCCAUUGUCGUAAAUUUCGGUAUCAGUAAAUUUUCAGUUUAUCGCCCAGCCCUACCCUGCACAUCUAUCUUUUAACAGCUCUCAGACGGAGCGGUUGAAAACUCAAAAGUCAAAUGCACUUCAACAUCACAGGAGUAAUUUGACUUUGGGUUACCACCAUACACGUGCAGCUAAUUGGAUUGAUGUCUGCAGGAACCACAUCACAAACACUCAUCGACUUAAGGGUGCAGAGAACAACAGAUUCAUGCAUAAAAAGCCUGCAUGAAAGAGAGAAAGCAACCAAAACCUAGAACUCCUUAAAAGUACAAAUGUCGUGCAAAUCCCUGGACGUGAGAAGACUUGGUUUACAUCAUUACAAUGAACCUGCAAAGUGUUUUAAAAAGCAAAAUAAAUAUGCAGGUUCAGAUGCAACAAUGAAAUUUGCUUGUCGCCCAACCCUACCUUUCACAGUUGAUUUCAUAAAUCAGUGUUCCCUUCCAGUUGUUUCCAGUGUUUAAAACAUGACUCCAGAGAGUUUUUAAUUCUACUUUGACACCUUUCUGCUCCACACAGUCUCCAUUUUAAACUCCACUCUGCAGUAAGACUUUGUUGUGUUGUUGCGUUGUAAAAUACCUGAUAAUCAGGUCGUGUUUCGUCACGUUGCAGACCCUCCUACGUUGUCCCGACCAACUUGUUCCAGGGGAUCAAAGCCAUAAACCCGAUGUUCAGAGGAUACUCUCAGCAGGUGGGUCAAAGCAGAUGGUGAAAUGGAUGUGCAACUUAAGCCCACAUGUCCCCCUCUGUUACAUCAAUAAAAUAUGCAGACACUCUUCACAGUUAGAGACUUAUUUCACAGUGUGUGUGUGUGCAGAUUUACAAGUUUAAAGAUUGAUUAGAUGUUGUGACUGGAUGAGGUCAAGCUUAACGCCUUUUAUGUCAAUUUUUAUGUCCAAACUUAAUUCUGAAUAUAAAUCAUGUACGAGAAGUUAAUUUAAUUACUGUGAAACUUAUAAAAAGCCUAAUCGGAUGAAAGCCAGGGCCCUCUUAGCAGCAGGUCUCAAUUGCUGUUUGAGGGGAGGGGCCCUGCCCACGCUCUCCUUUAAAGGAAGAGAUGGAGAACGCACAUUCGAUGUAUAGGAUGUAAUGGGUGCAACACAGCAGGGGGCAUAAUGAUCAUUCAAUCUCGAGCAAAAAAAAAAAGGAAAAAGUAAAUAUAAAUCCGAACUUUUAUUUCUGUCUGAGUAAGAGGGUAAAAAAGGAGGCGACCGUGGGGUAAUGGAGGGAAUAACGUUAAUGAUAAGCCGGAGCAGCAGGCAGAUGAGCGUGUCAUCAAUUAGCAUUACAGUCUCAGAAAUGGGGACAGAAAUGUACGCCCCAGUAUGUGACAGGAAAGACAGGGAGGACUUUACUGCAUGUGUGGGCUUUAAAGAAAAAGGAGAAAUAAACAGAAACCUGUCUUUGCUGAGCAGAAGCUGAACUGUUAAAAAUGAUCUUGAUGAUGCCUGUCCUAAAUAAAGACAGAGUGAGUUUAUAGAAGGAAACAAGUUCAAGUCCAGGCUACUAAUCAAGGUUUUACUGGAUAUGGUUUGUGGGUUUUCAGCGUGUUUGCAUUGAUGUUUAUGCGUCUCAAAUUCUGCUCUAAAACUUCAAGAUAAAUGACUCUGUCCUUAACACUGAUUGGACUAAUGCAAAAAUGUCUGUAAUUAAACUUUCCUCUGCCUGGCUGGGACGAUUAAGAGUCAAACGCCCUGACUAUAAAGUGGCCUGUGUCUUCUACAGUCUUUCCCUCUUUUUCUCUUCCACUCCAUAUCCCUCCACGCUCACUCCCUCUCAUAAAUUACAUUAGCUCCAACUCAAACCACUCAGCCAGAUAAACCAAAUCCUGUCCCUUGCAAUUACCAACUCAAAGAGUCGGACGUAAAUUCACCCUCAAAUGCACACAUUAAACCUUUAGGUAAUUCACUUGAUUUGAUUCCAGGUGGGGCUUUAAAGCAGAAAGCUGUAUGAGGAGCGGAGAAGUCAUUUUACUCCAGCACGCCUUGUCUUUGUCCAGCCUCUGUAAAUAAGGGAUUUAUAAGCAUGAGUGGUGAAAUAAUUAAAGAGUCUGUUUGCUCUUGGUUUGCCUGUGUUUGUUCUGCACGGUCAGCUGAGGAAUAUUCAUUUGUCACGCCGUGCCGGGCUGCACAGCCUUGGAAUUAGCGCUGCUGUGAAUGAAGUUAACAUUCCAGGUCUCUGAGAGGAGAGAGUUUAUUUGGCUGGAGACGGGGAUUCGAUGUGUCUGAGGCUCAUUAAGUCUGAUUACACAUUCAUGAGCGUUUGGUCUCAGAUUUGGUGAUGCAGAAUUGGGAUAAACAAAGAGGUAAAUUGGUUGUUGUAUAUAAUUUGAAAAAAAUUAGCUUUGGGAAAACUUGGCCGCGUCUGUCAAACUCGAUCAGGCUUAGAAGAAUUAUUGUUGAGCUUCAUAAGAUUCAUUUCAGAGAGAAUAUUAACUCCUCUCUCACUGCUUACUGUGCCUAAAAUCGAGGCAAAAUCUUCCCUCAGAUGGAGUUGCUUCCUCAACAAACAUUUGUCUUUACCUCCAGGAUUCCCAGGAGUUUCUGCGCUGCUUGAUGGAUCAGCUUCACGAGGAGCUCAAGGAGCCGCUGCCGGAGCCCUUCGACCAAUCCAACGGCAUCACCGUGGACGACAGCCGCGAGGAGGACAACCACAGCCAGUCAGACAACGACUUCCAAUCAUGCGAGUCCUGCGGCAGCAGUGAGCGGGCCGACAACGAGGUGCAGAGCGGGAGCGUGAUGAUGGACGUCACCAACGAGGCCGAGAUGCUCAUCCCGGAGCAGGACGAGAUCCAGGCCAACAGGGAGUGGCAGAAGGAGAAGAAUAUGAUUAAUGACUUUUACCGCUCUGGGGUUAAUGGUGUCAUGGGUGGAAGCACCGGAGUGGACAUGGACAAGGAUGUGGACACCACCACUGAAGCCACGCCCAUAAUCAGCAGCCAGGGAGCCAUCAAGGUUCAAAGCCGAACAUCAGGUACUAACAGAAGAAUCAAGAAAUGCUGCAUUAAUCUUUCCACUGUAUGAGGUGAAAUAAGUGGUUUGAAACAUCUACUCUCAUUCAGAUUCCUUCCCAGACAUCCAAAUGUCCAACACAAGACCACAGAGUCCGGUCCCGAUGGAGGGACACAUUCCCAAACUGUCCAGCAGCCCGCCCAAAGCUUCCUCAGGCUGGCCCAGUCUCAACCCAGCACACAAGAAAGGUACUUUUCAAACUCUCUGUGUUAGUUAUUGUGAAAAUCAUUAAACAGAAAUAGUUAGAACUUCAGCACAAUAACAGGCAGUCCAAAUUCAAAGCUCUUAAAAGUCUGGGAUCAAACGAGGGGCGGUUUCACCCUGAGUCUGCGUCUGUUGACAGACUGAAAAGCAAUUUUCUCACAUUUCUCUCUUUGCCCUCCCGCAGCAGUCACCACUUUCUCCCCACCAAAGAACAAGCGUCAGAAGAAGUACCGCAGUGUCAUCUCAGAUGUGUUUGAUGGGACCAUUGUCAGCUCGGUGCAGUGCCUCACCUGUGAUCGGGUUAGUGUGGACAGACACGCUUUUUCUGCUUCUGAGAGGUUGAGAGGAGCUGAAAAAGGACUGAUAUAAAAUUUGGCACUUACGGAUAACACAGACGAUAUUAUUGUGGUUUUAUGAGUAAAGCACACAUAGAGCUCUGUGUGUGCUGGACAGCAUAAAAAGCUGGUGUCAAAUGGAGUCAGGAUGGCUGCAAGUAAAUGAGACUUUAAUGGGCUGUUUCCACCGAUCAGCCCAGUUCAGUUCAGCUCAGUUUGAUACAGUUUGGUAUGGUCAACCCUGACCCUGCUUGCGUUUCCACAGCAGACUGUACCCUGGUGCUUCACAGGAACUGUGUUGGCUGCAUGACGCUUCUGGAACGGCUCAUUUUGGCUCGCACUUUAACAGAUUAGACCAAUCAGAGCGCUGGUGUGAGCGGCGCAUCUUCGUGUUUUUUCCACAAGCUGUGGAUCACGGCCAAAGCACACAGAAAAGAUGAUAAGCUGAGGGCUGUAUUGGCUCCGUAUCAGCUGUAUUCAUGUCGCAAGCGUGACGAAUUCUGCACUGUAGUACUUACAGAUUCAAAGCUAAAGCUCUCUUUGUGCAGUCCUUGUUUUCAUGCAAAGUUAUGCCCAGGAUAAUUAUUUGGAAUAACUUGCAUGGUGCUUAAUUCAAGCCAGUAGUAAACUCGUGCAGGAAAUAGUUGCAGUACAUCACACUGGCUGCAGGUGAGCUGUGUGAGACAAUAAACUAGAGCUGAUUGAUACGGCCUCAAAUCAGUAUCACAAUAAAAGAGCAGUUCACCUCGAUAACAAUAAAUGGACGAUCACUACUCCACAAGCUGCUCACCUCCUUCCACAUUAACUUCGUCUACUUCAGCCGCUACAACUUUUGAACCGUCCUCCAUCUCCUCACCUGUCUGUCCCUCUUUGUUACGGACUGGAUGGGUGGAGUCACGUCUCUGAUGUAGGACAGCGUCUUAAAGGGACAUGAGACCAAAGCCUACCUACACACAUCCAAAACCAACUUUUAUUUAUUCAUUUAUUGACACCAAAUAUACCGUGAUGGGCAAAAUGACGUUGGUUAUUGUCGUAAAUUUCGGUAUUGGUAAAUUUUUAAUGUAUCGCCCAUAUUAAGAGUCUAUUUCUAAUUGUUGCAUCCAUCCUUUUGUCCCUCUCAUGCAGCCAUUUUCCCGAUAAGACUAAACCCCUUCACAUGUUUAGCGCCUGUCCUGAAAGCACUAACCAAAUAACAUCAGGAAAGAUAUAUAUGGGUGUGGUCAGUAGAUUACAGUGUGCCUAGCUCCUCCCUCAGUAAACCAACAGAAGAGUCCCUAAAAAGCGGGAUGAUAUGGAUUGGUUAGUUUGGUUUCUUUCCUAACUUUUGACAGCAGAAACAGGAAUAAUUGAAAUGCAGCUCUAAUGGAGUAUUUUAUUGUGGUUGGAUUAAAACGAAUGGUUAUUGGCUGGUUUUGGAAUAAGAAGGAAUCAGUUGGUAUCAGAACCGUGUAAAAACAAAAGACAAAACUGAAGUGGGGCUUCAUAGUCUGCAUGUUCUGUUGCUGUCAGGUGUCUGUGACGCUGGAGAACUUCCAGGAUAUUUCGCUGCCCAUCCCAGGAAAAGAAGACCUGGCCAAGCUGCACUCCUCCACCCACCAGACCUCCCUGGUUAAAGCCGGCUCCUGUGGGGAAGCCUACGCACCGCAGGGAUGGAUCGCUUUCGUCAUGGAAUACAUCAAGAGGUGAGUUUGAUGGUGUGUGCAGCGCAGUCGUUGAUAUUCAUCUCUCUUCCUGGCUCUUUACUUAGCUUUGUUUAUCUGUUUGUGUUCUCAGUUGGUUCUGGGGUCCGGUGGUUACGCUACAAGACUGCCUCGCAGCUUUCUUCGCCAGAGAUGAACUAAAGGGUGAGCAGUGGGCGCUUAUCUGCUAAACAGCACAAACAUCAAGGUUGAUGGCUCAAUAACUGUUUGUUUGUUUCCUAGGAGACAACAUGUACAGCUGUGAAAAAUGCAAGAAGUGAGUGACUGAAAACUGAGCUGGACUCAUUCAUUUUUCAUUCAUACCUGUUCAGAACCGUGCUGAUUGUCUUCUUCCUUUUAGGUUACGAAACGGAGUCAAGUUUUGUAAAAUGCAAAGUUUGCCAGAGGUAAAUCGACAACUCUCAUGAUUCAUGUCAUGAAUAAACCAAAAUCCUUUCCCCUAAUGCCUCAUGGACCGCAUUUCCAAAAUAAAACUUGUACUUCUGUGUGAACUGCUCUGCUCCAGAUCCUGUGUAUUCACUUGAAGCGCUUCAGGCACGAACUGAUGUUCUCCACCAAAAUAAGCACCCACGUCUCAUUCCCGCUCGAGGGCCUGGACCUGCAGCCUUUUCUGGCCAAAGACAGCUCCGCUCAGACUUCCAACUAUGACCUGCUGUCAGUCAUCUGUCACCACGGCACUGCCAGCAGUGAGUGGGAAGAGUCACUCCUCUUUGUGCUCAGACUGAGUGUCCUGCAUUCAUUAGAGCCCGCAGAAAUAUCUCACAUGUACUUGUUAGGUUUACGACUGCAGCUCUAACGCUUCUCCCCGUCUGAUCCCCAGGUGGUCACUACAUAGCCUACUGCAGGAAUGAUGUCAACAAUCUGUGGUAUGAAUUUGAUGACCAGAGUGUGACGGAGGUGUCUGAAUCCUGCGUCCAGAACGCUGAGGCUUAUGUGCUCUUCUAUAAGUAAGACAGUCGCAAAACAAAAACCUUUUGAUUCAGUUUACAAACUGGCUUUUCUGAUUCACUCUCACUCAUGAUUAAUCUCUGCUCUCUGUUCCUGUUACAGGAAGAGCAACGAGGACGCACUGAAAGAACGGAGGAGGGUGUCAGGUUUAUUCAACAUGAUGGAGCCCAGCCUCCUGCAGUUCUACAUCUCCCGCCAGUGGCUUAACAAGUUCAAGACCUUUGCUGAACCGGGCCCCAUUUCCAACGACGACUUCCUGUGUUCGCAUGGAGGUGCGUAAGACUAAAUCGUCAUCAUACUAAAAAAAAACUCUGAGGUCAAAGUUUCCCUCGGCAGCAAUCCCUUUUACUUGCUCCGUGCACAAGCAUUUAGCGGAAAAAUUGUGCUCCACCGUCUCUUAACUCAGCUCCUGCUUUCAUCUUUGCUGUGGAUUUUUCGGGUCUGACAAAGCAGAGUAUUCCCUUCACAACACAGCAGACUUCAAAGGGGGGUUUUGCUUCUCUUUGUGCAGAUGAUCCUGCUUUCUCAUUUUAGUGGAGAAGAGGGGAGGGUUUCUGAGAGGGUUUUCUGCCAAUCAAGUUCUCUUUCCUUUUCAGACCUCUGUUCGGAGAGAGCAGGAAUUACGGACUUUAGAUAUAAGUAUGAAAAUAAACGAUAAAGGCGGAGGAAAAUGAGCCUCAUUUAGUGAAUCAUACGCACAGGUUGUUACCUCCUCCUUUGUGAUCCGACACAUAAUCACAGGCUUGGAGAUAAUAUCAGUGCAGAGGAGCCAUGUUGCAGUUAUCCUACUUUCACAAUGUUCUUAAGAAAUCUGUUUCUUUUCAUUUUUCUCAUCACAUCUAAAGUUAGUCAGGAGAAAUGUAAACCUCACUGUUUGAACAUGCUAACUCUGAUUUCAGGGUUUACAUCAUAUUUACAGUUGAUGUCCAUGUUUGUAUUUAGUGAGUGGCCUCGUGACAUAUUGAAGAUGAAAAAUGGGGUUGUUAUGCGCAAAAGAAUUUGUAGUAACGGAUGUUUUUGACAGAAGAUCAUUCUUAAAAGGCACCAAAGCAGCUUUUUGUCCUCUAAAGCCAUAAAAAGACAAAGACUAAAACAACCCAGCUGUUCUGACACUUGAUCUCUUCAGGGUUCAUGUGGAUCAUCUUGAUAAUCUUUUUUAAAUUAGAGUAUCUUUUUAUUUUUUACUUGUAAGAGGUCUUAAUUUUUACUCUGAAUACUUAAUGAAAUCUACUGUAUACUGUCGAGUCAGUGUCCUCUGAUUUUCCGUUGAUCUUUCUUCUGGAUUCACUUGUUUACAAAACAAGUCACGUCAGCAUGUCGUGUCUUCAUUUAUAAACCACAGACUGAAGUGAGGAAAUAAAGAAGGGGAAAUGAAAGUUUAAGGAGGAUGAUGAAAAUCCUCAAGUAUGAUUAGCUUCUGUGCAAAAGUGAUGUGUUUGUUUUUGUUUGAGGUUUUUCAAAGGUCCUAAUAGGUCUGAAAAUCUGGCUUUAGUACGGAUUCAAAAGAGAUCAUUUCCGUCUUGAAUUGAUUCAUUAGAAGAGUUUUUAAAGGGGUGAAACUGUUAAAGGAAUAAAAAUAUUGAUAUUUUUAGGGGUAUAUUUUGACUUCUUUAAAGUAUCUUUGUAAAUAUUGUGAAUAUUAGAUGUAAAAGUAACAUUAAGAAAAACACUGUUGGCUUAUUUAACAUUAUAAAAUUUGGCUUCACCUCUAAAAUGUAACCCCGUUUAUGUCGGAUGAUUAAAUCUGUUUGUUUCAUUAGGUGUGCCGCCAAACAAAGCCACAUUCAUUGAUGACCUGGUGGUGAUGCUGCCACAGAACGUGUGGGAUCACCUCUACAGCAGGUGCGUACGAGCUGCAGACGAGCUGCUUGGGACACAGUGUGGAAGGAAAGACUCAAAUAUUCAGAGUGCAGCAUCCUUUGUGAAGUUCAUUUCAUCCAUGAUGUGCUCCCCCGCAGGUACGGAGGGGGACCAGCUGUCAACCACCUGUACGUUUGCCACACGUGCCAGAUCGAGAUCGAAAAACUGGAGAAGCGGCGAAAGUCCGAGCUGGACAUGUUUGUCAGGGUGAGGCUUUUACACCACAUGUUCCCGCUGAAAGAGAAAGAGCCUCAGCCAGGCACAGUUGAAAUCAGCUCAAGUGUUAGUAAUGCAUUGUGUGUGAGUGAGUGAGCCUCAGUGUAGCUGUCUGUGUUGAUGGGUGUGUGUCCAGGUCUAUUCUCCUGCCUAUUGAACCAGUUGAUAGGCUGCAUGUGUUGGUGCUCCUCGCCCCGGCAGGAGAUGAGAGGUGUGAGUCUGAUGAAAGCCUUAUCAUUAAUGCAUUGGGACAGAUGCAGCUGUUAUUGUCUGCUCAGUCUGCCCACUCACACAGAAGCUUUUUAAAGGACAGAGAGAUGGCUUUGUGUGUGUGUGUAUGUGUGUGUAUAUGUGUGUGUGAAAGAAAGAGGUUAGCUAACAAGAUGAACAAGAUUGUGUCAUUUCCAAGAAAGAUGAAAUUACUGCAGUGUGAUGUUGAGACUGUCUUCAAAUUUGAAUAACCACCAGAGAGAAUUGAUUAGGUUUUCCAUCUCCUCUCCUCUCACUCCUUUCAUCCUCACUUAAUUAUUUUUUUUGCCCCCCCUCCACCCUCCACCCUGUGUUUCUCCUCCCCAUCCCUGUGCGUCCUUUCCUCCUCCCUCUUGUCUCUACUGCUCACUCCUCCCCCAUUUCCUCUCUCACCCCCUCUUUCUCCUUCUGCUCUGUAGCUGAACAAGGCGUUCCAGGAGGAGGAGUCUCCAGUGGUCAUAUACUGCAUCAGCAUGCAGUGGUUUCGUGAGUGGGAGGGCUUUGUCAAAGGAAAAGACAAUGGUAAUUGGGCAGAAGUCUUGCCUUUCCACCCCCAUUCUUGUUUAAAUGUCUGAUUUAAAGGCAAAAUGUUCCCCCUUGACAGUUGAUUAUCAUAUCUGCUUAAAGUGACCUGCCUUUUUUUCCACGUUAAAACAAAAGGAGAAUAUCAAAUUUAUAGAUUCUAUAAAAAGGAGUGGACGGCAAAUAAAAGUUUUAUUUAGAAAAUCCAGAUUCUCUUGUUCCAAAAAGCUGCUCAGACUCAAAAGAAACAGUGGAAGUCCCGUUCCUUCCUCUGAUUUAUCUUCAAAGAGUUUGCUUUAGUCCCCAGAGUCAAGUCUCCCUCCUGCUGCAGCAAAAUGAAGUGUCAAAAAAUAUUUCAGUUCCUUGCUCCCGCUCUCAUUUUUUAUUUGCUUGCCGUGCUUUGUAUUGUCAUAUCUAUUUAUACCAGCUUACAUCUGGCACGGCCGCAAAAGUCUCUUUCUCUCCGACUUCUGCUCCUCUAAUAUUUGUUUUCACUGUGUUGCAGGCAGGGAGCAGAAAUUGCUUUUCAUAGCGUGACGGAAACAUUUGACAUUUUGACACCAUUGUUCUUUGAAACAAUUAGGAUUGGGAAAAUGUCUCCAAGCACAUUACUGUGCGCGCCGUGUGUAAUUACAACAACUAAUUGUGUUUCUUCCUCUUUUAGAUCCUCCGGGACCCAUUGAUAAUUCCAAGAUUACCAUAAACAAGAACGGCCAUUUAACACUCAAACAAGGUACUGACUAUUACUGUUAUUACUGCUGUAUAAAAUAUGACAUCUCUUUUUUUCAAUCUGUAUCAGAGCACAGGUAAAAAAAAAACCACAAAGAAAAUGUCACUUUUGUUGGUACAGCUCCUGCAGCACCUCCUUUGAUUGCAGUGUUGUGAACCCUGCAGAUAUUAGCGGUAUCUAAUGUGUAUGUUUGCGCUUACCUGCAGGAGCUGAUUCGGGACAGAUCUCCGAAGAAACAUGGAACUUCCUCCACUCCAUCUACGGUGGCGGGCCACUCGUGACUGUCCGACCAAGCGUCAGCAGCCACCAAGAAGCAGACUCGUCGCAGUCGGAGGAGAAGAUUGAAAUGGAGACUCGCUCUGUUUAG